AUGGACGUGGCGGACCAUGUGUCUUCCCUCCCCGCUCGCGCGACCGCGUCGGGCGAGAAGGGCGUUUCCCAGGGCACACAGUCGGAUCCGGCGAGCCCGGCCGAGCCUGCUGCCAAGCGUGGCCUGAGCCUGAGGUAUGCGUCGCUCAAGAAGGCGCUGCUCGCAGCGGCGACAAUGUUCGCAGCGGCGCCGAAGACAGUGUCGGAUUUCCAGUUGUUUGCCGCUACAGAUCCGUGGCUAGCCCAUUUGAAGACGCCGUCGCCCUCCUGUUUGAGCCCCGCGGGCGCAGACUUCAGGAAGGCACACAAUGAUGAGGUCCCUCUGCAUCUCCUCCAGGGCGGGCGUGCUGCGUGGCCGGAAAUGGUGUCGCUUUGGCCCGAGGCGGAAGGCGUGAAAGCGGAGUGCAGCGCGCCCUCUUGUUACGGCGGCGGCGACUCCCGCCAGGAGGCAGACGCGGCUUACGAUCCCCUGGGAGGAACUCCCCGGGGCGGGCCCUUUGCCCAGCUCCGAGCGGCUCUCGCAGAUCACUUUCUUCGUCUGAUUCCACGUGUUCCCGGGCUCCCGACGGUCCUCGGUGCUGCCGCGGCGCCAGGAAAGAGGCUGUCGUCACGCCGUCGAGAGUCCUUUUACGACGAUGACUACUCGUGGGAUUCAGAGUCCGUUGACAGGAGCUACGGGAUGCUGGGCGCAGACUACAGCAGCGAGAACAGCGACGAGAGGGAGACAGACACCUCGACGCUGUCAGAGAGCGAGGGGUCGCCGCCGGUUGGCGGGCCGCGAGGCAGCGCGGCUCGCUCUGCGGCUGGCGCACUGCUGCACGGAGAGUGGAGUGCAGAGUCCAACAGCAGCGAUUCUUCCUACCAGGGAGACGUGGCGGCGGUACACGUGCCGCCGCCGCUGAUCUUUCCCGCGCAGGACCGUGUGCCGUCGUCGCAGCGGCGGGGGAUCUUAGCAGAACCACCUUCGCCAAGCGACAGCGUGGAGGGCGCCCGGAGUGCGCGCCGGCCCAGCUUCGCGGGACGGGAGUCGAACACAACGGGCUCCGACGCAGGCUUCGAUAUGGGCCGGCGCGACGGCGACAGCGGUGAAUCAGGGCCUCGUGGGAGAAAGACAGCAGUAGAGAAGAACUCGAGAGGGAGUCUUCGCACUUCCUGGCUGGUCGACGACCCAGCAGCAGUUGUGUCGCCCGCUGCUCCGGGCCCCCCGGAAGACCCUUCUGAUCUGCUCUCCACGCCAAUCUCGAAACUGGUCGAUUUGCUGAACUUCAAAGAACAGAAGGUGGAGACCGCUGACAACUCGUUCGCUGGGGGGUGGAGCGGCAGCGCCGAAGGAGGGAGGCAGCGCAUCUCGCGGAUUCGGUCGCUCCUGGAGUCCACCGACCAAGAAGAAGACUCGCGGACGCACAAAGAGCGAGAGCGGUACCUGGGCCCAAAGCGUCACUGCUUUCUGGCUCCGGACUACGACUUCUUUUUGAGCAUGGAUCCAGUCGAGCCUUCGCCGGACGUGGUGGCGAAUAUCGUGGGCGCGUUCUCCGACGACACAGUCGAAGAGGAGGUCGAGCUCGCCCGGCCAGGGCUGCAGAGAAAACUACGCGAGGUCCUUGGCGUGGGACGGAACCAACUGCUCACGCUGGAGCUGCUGGAGGGACCGGUGCACGCGGAGAGCCCGGGCGGCGCGCUCCGGGCUUCGGUUGAAGACAGCACCCGUGCCAGGCCGAGUCAGCUUCAUCUCCCCGACGGCCGCAGGCGCAUCAAGCUGAUGGGCGUGCUUGGGGCCGGCGCCCAGGCGGUCGUCCUCGCGGGCGAGGAGGAGACAACUUACGCGCACGGCGGCAGCGGCGCCAAGGCCGGCGGGGGUGUUCCCGGGAGCGGAUCAAUGUCUCCAGUCGCCUUCAAACUCUUCUACACGCGACGAAAGUUCCACAGCUACAGCAGGGCGCAUCGGGAAGCAGUUCACAUGUUUGCGCAAGAGAACGGGCUCAGGAGCUGGGUGCCGCGGCACAUCCCAACGUCAGCGCUCUACGAACGCGGCCUCGUGACGCCCGUUUACGCGGGCAGUCUAGAAGGUCAUUCUCCUGUGCUGUUCAGCACACGCAAAUGGGUUGUCCUGAAUUUCCUCGCAGCUCUCCCUCCGCAGCUUGGAGACAUGCAGGGGCUGGACUUCGGACGCCUUUCGGCGAACGCGCGGGUCUACAUAGUGUUGAGACUGAUUCAGACUGUGGCGGGCCUUCAUGCCCUGCGCGUGCUUCAUCUCGAUAUCAAACCAGACAACGUCCUGGUUGGUCGCGAUGGCCGCGUCUUCCUCGCGGACUUUGGCUACGCGAGGCAGGGGCUGGCGUGCCCGGAGCCGAUGGCCGUUGGCGGCACCGAUGCGUACAUGGCUCCCGAAUGGGCGCGAAGACUGCUGGACCCGAACGCGUGGAUGGUUCAGCACGACACACUCCGAGACGCCUGGGCGGUUGCAGUGACCUGUUACACGGCGUGGUGCGGCGGAAAUUUUCCCUACGGCCUGGAGCGCAUCAUCGACGAAAACCUCUCCAAGAGGGACGCCUUCAAAUUCAUCGCUGCUCUGGAAGAGACGAGGCCCCAGCUGUCCAUGCAGGGCUGUCUUCCUGAUGAAGCGCACCCCUUCGCGAGGGAAAUCAACAGAGUUCUCCACGCGAUGCUUCGCAUUGACCCAAGUGAACGCGUGACGCCUAUGCAGAUUGUCAAGACUUCAUCCUUGUUCGUGGGCAGGGCAGCGGCCAGCCACGGCCCUGCGGGUCCCGAAGCGGCGCGGCGCGGGAGCCCCCACGAGACGCACUGA